AUGGCGACGACAACUCCAGAACUAAAGUCAUCAUUUUUAAGAGAAUAUUCGCAAAAGCUAAGCGAAGUUUCGAAAAGACAAAGCGAUUACAGACGAGCUCUAGGGACACGCUUGAAGAACUUUAGGCGCAACCAAAUCGUGGAGACAAAUCUAAAGACUGGCAUUGCCAAACUGCGAAGAGAAGGAUCCGAUAUAAAGUCACAGGUGUGGACUGCAUUCGGUGCUGCAUACAAUAAAAAUACCGCUGAUAAUCUGAAAGCUAUUAAAUGUCAUAUAAGUUGUGAGGAGAAAUUAGCCGAUGGCAUACAAUUUUUAAAAGCAGGCAUUGCCAAUAUAAAUCGUGCAUUAGGUCAAGUAACACGUCAGAUAUACGACUUAAAUAGACGCACUGUACCUGACACGCGUGCGGUAGAAAAUGCCAUAAAGGCACGUAAACGGCUGAUGUUGCUAGAAAAUCAAUUGGAAGUCGGCAUUCAUCAGGAAUGCAAAAUGACCGCUGAGAACAGGAAGCUGCGUGAAGAAUUGCUUGAACAUUUGUCCAUGAGGAAAAUCUUUAACGACCAUUACUUUAAAUUAAUCCAUGCUUUGAAUAGCGAUAAGAAAUACAUGACGGAUUUGAUAGGAUAUGCGAUGCAUCAAUUCGACGCGAGCAUAGAACUUUAUGAAAAGUUUGAUAUUUUGAAGAAACGAGAUGCUAGAGAUACUGAACCAAAAAGAAUGGAAAUGCGUGCUCUUAGCAGUGUUAAAGUAGCGCUUAGUAAUGAAAUGGAGUUUUUUAAGAAAAAGAAUACUCAAAGAACUUUGGCACCCUUACAACCGAAGGAGUAUAGAAGACGUCAAAAUAUGCGCGAAAGCUUGAAAAAGAGACUUGCCGUAAACAAAGACGUACUCCACAAGAUCUUCCAUUACACUGGUAAUAGCGUGAAUCGACUCUAUUCGGACAUCGAUGAUCUCAAAUUGGAAAAUCGGAAUACAAUGCGAGUUCAAUUGGAGCAAAUUCAAAAUAUGGAGCGUUAUUUACAUGAUAAGCGAAAGAGCAACAGCGAACUCAAGAACGUUUCACAAAAUAACAACAAGCGAUUGACCAAGCUCCUCCAGGGCUUCAAGCUAAUACGCGACUACUCGAAAACCGAUUGGAGUAUACUGCAAGAGGUCUUUGGAGACUACGACGAAGUUAAUCUCCACAAUUUACGGCAGCAACUCAAGCUAGUGGAAAAGCGUAUAUUUAGCAUUUUAGCAGCGGUCUAUUUUCUAGAGCGAGAGAAUAUUCAAAACGAUCCCAAUAGUUAUCUCGUAAAACAAAUAGAACAGUUCUGUGAUUAUGUAACAGAUGUGGAUGAUAUUGUAUUGACCCAACAAUGCCCAGAAUGCGCCGAAGUGGAUGCAUUGAAUGCAGACGGGACUGAAAGCGCCGGUAUUUUGCCGAUAGAAAGUGUCAAAAAGAAGCUUUGCGAUAAAGUUACACAACCGGAAAUGCAAUACCGUUUGCAUAGCAUGAGCGCAUGCCGGUUCCCAAGAGCCCGUAUGUUGACAGCAAAGAGAAAUUUGGAGUUGCAGAGUAAUUCGUAA